AAGUCCAGUUUCUGCCUUUUAUUAUCUACUCGAUCUUGGGAAUUUACUUUCUCUUAUUGCACCUCAGUUAACUCAUUUAUUAGAUGAGGAUAAAAAUUGUUUCCACCUGAUAGGAGCUUGGGAGGCAUAAAUGAGAUAAUUCAUUAAAAGGGCUUAGACUACACCUGGCACAUUGUCAGUGUUCAAUAAAUGUUAGUUAUCCUUCCUAUCAUGGGCUACCCCCAGGCUCCUGCCCUGGGACCCCUCUCAUUUAGGGAACACAGGAGUUCUCUCCCAAUUCUCAGACAUCCUGUGUCCUCUACAGGAAGAGGCAGUGCUUUCACCAUCAACUGCUCAAGAUUUGGCCAGCAAGGGGUGUACACCACUGUUCUGGAUUCAGUGUUUGACAGGAAGGCCUUCCGUCCAGCCACCAACUUCAGCAUCCCCACCCUAGUCAACAUCUCCUUCACUAUGUCUGCCAUCCUAGAUGUGGAUGAACAGUUACAGCUCUUGUCAUCAUUCCUGUGGCUGGAAAUGGUCUGGGACAACCCAUUUAUCAGAUGGAACCCAGAGGAAUGUGAGGGUAUCACAAAGAUCAGUACGGCAACCAAGAACCUGUGGCUCCCAGACAUUUUCAUCACUGAGUUCAUGGAUGUGGAUAAGACCCCAAAAGGCCUCAAGGCAUACAUAAAUAAUGAAGGUCGCAUCAGGUACAAGAAACCCAUGAAGGUGACCAGCAUCUGUGAACUGGACAUCUUCUACUUCCCCUUUGACCAGCAGAACUGCACCCUAACCUUCAGCUCAUUUCUCUAUACAGUGGAGAGCAUGUUGCUGGGCAUGGAGAAAGAAGUGUGGGAAAUAGCAGACACGUCCCGGAACAUCAUUCAGACCCAUGGAGAAUGGGAGCUCCUGAGUAUCAGCAAGGCCACUGCAAAGCUGUCCAUGGGCACCAAUCUGUAUGAUCAGAUCAUCUUCUAUGUGGCCAUCAGGCGCAGGCCCAGACUCUACGUCAUCAACCUUCUGGUACCCAGUGGCUUUCUGGUUGCCAUCGAUGCCCUCAGCUUCUUCCUGCCGGCAGAAAGCGAGAACCGUGCCCCAUUCAAGAUUACCCUUCUGCUGGGCUACAACGUCUUCCUGCUCAUGAUGAAUGACUUACUCCCCAUCAGUGGCACCCCCCUCAUCAGUGUCUACUUUGCCCUGUGUCUGUCGCUGAUGGUGGUCAGCCUGCUGGAGACCAUCCUCAUCACCUACCUGCUGCACCUGGCCACCACCCAGCCCCCACCCAUGCCUCACUGGCUCCAUUCCCUGCUUCUGCGCUGCACCAGCCCAAGGAAGUGCUGCCCUGCUGCGCCCCAGAAGGGAAACACCAGCCUGGGCCUCAGCCCCGCCCACCUGCCUGGUGUGAAGGAGCCCGUGGAGUCGGUGGGGAAGGUGCCAGGUCUGAAAGAGGCAGAGUUAAAUGGAUGCCCUGGGUCAACGAGGGCCCAGCAGGAAGACGAGGCCCAGAAGCAGCACUUGGUCAGCCUGUGGGUGCAAUUCAGCUGCGUGAUGGACACCCUGCUCUUCCGCCUCUAUCUGCUCUUCAUGGCCACCUCCAUCACCACCGUCAUUGUCCUCUGGAACACCUAAACAUGAUGUAUGUCUGCUUCUGCACAUCCAGCCCAAAGCUGCUUCUUGCCUCCAGGGGCCAGCCUUUACCCUUGAAUAUCUACUGUCAUGGCCUCAAAGAUUACCAAGUUUCCUGCUACAUUCCAAGCAUCUCAGUCCAGCCCCGCUGAUCAGUCUCAAGCCAAUUUGAGUUAUUUUCCUCUGGUUCCUGCAUUCUGUUGGCUUCUCUUAGCCCUCCCGUGCAGUUCUAGGCCCCCCUUUUUUCUUCUGCAAGCAGUCCUACCUCCUUUGUCUGCUAACUUGUCCCAAUAAAUCAUUUGCAGAGAUCUCUGGCUCU